CCAGAGCCUGAAUAGGGAGUCUCAGGUGCUGACCAAACCAAGGGUAGGUACCUCGGUGCUAUCCAGUGAGUGCAGCUGGAGCAAAAAGCCAUCCAGAGGGCAAGCAGUUGGGGUGGAGAUUAUUCUGGUCAAAGUCUGGGCAAGCAACCCCUGGGCCUAAGUCUUUAUAAUGGGAACUUCUGGGGUUGGAGCAAACAUUCACCAUCCAGCCAUGGCUGCAGUGGAAAGACCCGGGUGGAGGGAGAGCCAAGAUCCAGAUGGCCAGGCCACUGACCACCCCCAGCCCUUCACAGAUGCAAGCCAGGAAGAAGCGCAGAGGGAUCAUAGAGAAACGGCGCAGAGACCGAAUCAACAGCAGCCUUUCUGAAUUACGACGCUUGGUCCCCACUGCCUUUGAGAAACAGGGCUCUUCCAAGCUGGAGAAAGCUGAGGUCUUACAGAUGACAGUGGAUCACUUGAAAAUGCUCCAUGCCACUGGUGGUGCAGGAUUCUUUGAUGCCCGAGCCCUGGCAGUUGACUUCCGGAGCAUUGGUUUUCGGGAGUGCCUCACUGAGGUCAUCAGGUACCUGGGGGUCCUGGAAGGACCCAGCAGUCAUGCAGACCCCGUACGGAUUCGCCUUCUGUCCCAUCUUAACAGCUACGCAGCAGAGAUGGAGCCUUUACCCACACCCACCAAUGCUCUGGCCUUCCCUGUGUGGCCCUGGUCCUUCCUCCAUAGCUGUCCAGGGCUGCCAGCCCUGAGCAACCAGCUUGCCAUCCUGGGAAGAGUGCCCGGCCCUGUUCUUCAUGGUGCCUCCUCUCCCCCUUACCCCCUCUCAGCCCUUCGGUCAGCACCAGUACACAGAGCCACUGGAACCAUCCUGCCAGCCCGGAGGAAUUUGUUGCCCAGUCGAGACGCAUCUUCCACCCAGAGGGCCCGUCCUCCUGAGAGGCCACCUGCCCCUUCACCCACGACCCGCAGCAGCAGAGCUGCCAGGAGCAGCCACAUGGUCCCCAUCCUGUCGUCUUCCUCCCCCAGGGUCCCUAGGGCUGGGAAAUCAGCUGACGAUGUGGCCGGCCCCAUCUCCAGUCCAUCUCCCAUGGGGCCAUCUGGGAGGCCUGCAGGGGCAGUACUUUGCCACUCCUGGGUCUCUGAAAUCACUGAAAUUGGGGCUUUCUGAGCUGGCUCCCCAUCCUACCCAUCUCCUAGGAACGAGAAGUUUCUUUUUGUUUCAAGGAGCUCUAAAAAUGGCACCACCUUUUCCUGUUUUGCUUCCAAGAAAGAUUUCUAAAUGAAGGCACCUUCCUCAUCUGUCAGGACCCCCCACUACCCGUGACCCCAGCUCACCCACCUGACUUCCCUGUAUCCCUUUCUGAUCUCAGAGCCUUGGUCCUAUUUCCCAUUGGCACAGAUUUAAAUGUUCCUAAGCCUUCAGCCCAGACCUCUCUUCUGCCUAGUGCCCAUGAACUUUGGGUCUGGAGUUGAAGCUUUAACCUAAAGGAUACCAGGGCCUGAGGCAGGCUGCUCACAGGAAGAUGUUAGACCCAAGUCAGAAGCAGUGAUGGAAUUCAGCCAUCCCAAACCAAUAGCCUGGAAUGUCGGCUUCACUUCCAAAGACAGAAAUGAAGAAGGGGUCACCAAGAAGUCUCUUUGGGCCACCCCAUCAUAGUGAGCCACAGGACAGAUCUGUUGUUCUCCAGUACAGCCAAAGCCUGGAUAUUGAGACCCAACAGGACCUGCUCUUACUCUCCUCUGAGGUUCAAACAUCUACAUGAUAACAGACUAACAGUUUGUUCCCUGUGGGCUUGACAAGCCAGGCCAGGAGGAUUCUCCAGAGCAGCAAAGCUUUGGGGGCCGGGGAGUCCUCACCACCAGACCCCUACAGGGCUUCAGGCAGGAGCCAGGGCUGAGCAAAGGGAGAAGCCCAGCUCCUUGCCUCUCAAACACCAUCCUCUAGGGCCAUAGUCCCUCCCCAUGGGGCGUACAGUGUAGAGGAGCCAUGGCCCCACAUAAUGGCACCCCAAGAGGUAUCCUCUUGGGAUUCAGCACCAGACGUCUGAGCUGCCUGGUUUGUAUCCGGCUCCCAGAGCCCAGACUGCUGCCACAGCCAAGGGCUGUCAGGCUGGAUAAAAAUAGCUCUGAGGAGGGGUAGGGGGGAGAAGAAUCAGAGGCGGCCAGGCCCUUCAAGGUCACUCAGUGGGUCGAGGGCCUGAGAGCCUGCUCACCCAGAUUUCACACAGCUGGCUCUGCUCAGAGGCCAACUCAUUCCCCCAGCCCUGUCUCAGCCACUUUCCUCUAAAAGAGGAAUAUGUGGCCUGCUGACCAAUCCCAGUGGAACAGCAGAGACUGGAUCAACAUUUUGGUUUGCCCUGUCAGUGGACAAAGUGUGGAAACAUAUCUGCCUCUGAGUACCGCCCAGCAUCCCCCCAGGAUCACCCUGGUUAAUGCCUGACAAAGUCAAGACUGUGGAAACCUGGAACUGGGCAUUGUGCUCAGGCCACACUGUUUAUAGAUGCUCUCAGGGUCACCCUUGGAAAGCGUCUCCCACCCCAGCCUUUGAUGGAACGGUGGUCCCCAGAGGCUGCAGUGAGGAGUCUGUGGGCACAAAAGUAGAGUUUGAAAAAGCCCUGGGGGAAAAGGACUUUUCAGAAAAAUGGGGCAGAAGGCAGAGGUCACUUGAGUGACCCAGAAAGUUCUUUUGAAUAGGCCAGUCCCUCGAGGAAAGAUAGAGGCAAAGACUUCUUUGCCUGCCUUAGUGGAAGCUAGAUCUUUCUUUUAUUCUUUCUUUCUUUUUUGUUUGUUUUGAUCUUUUUGAGACAGCGUUUCUCUGUAGCUCCAGCAGGCCUGGAACUCACUGUGUAGAAGGUUAGCCUCAUCUCACAGAGAUCCUCCUGCCUCUGCAUCCCAAGUGCUGGGCUUAAAGCCGUGCGCCACCACGCCCAGCAGGAACUAGAUUUCUCAUACUGCUGCCCUAUUGAACCCAUUGUGGGAUGCACAGCCACAAGGAGAGAUAACAUCACUGAAGAGUAGGUCACUGGCCCACUGAGGGAGACGGGCAUAGGGAGGCCAAGACAGCAUGCAUGCUUCUGGGAAUGGGGAGAGAGACAGAAGAGAUGACAGAAGUCUCAGCAUACUAAGGUUUUACUUACUGCAGUCCUAUCCAAAAGCUCAGUGUUUACUUAACCUCAGGGCUGUGGGAAGCAGGUACCAUGCUGCAGGUACCCAAUUGUAGAACAGUCUGUUGACAACAUGGAGAUGAGACAGAGGUGGCCCCACCCUUCUUUCAGCAUCUUGGUUUGUCUUGGGUUGCUUCUCACAGAAGACUAUGGGCGGGUGACUGUGUAUUUUUCCCAGAGUAUCCAUGUCAUCUGUUUCUAGUCCCAAGCCUUCCUGGCACACCUGACCCCUCGUCCCACAGCAGUGUGUUGCAGACAGGCAAUAAAGAUGUUUAGUUCUGGAAACCUUUACUAGAUUCUACUUGCUAAAUAUCCCUGGAAUCUGUCCAGAGUUUGAUUAAACCCACAGCCACUGCCUGGGCCUGGCCGUGGCUCCUGUCCCCACGAUCACUGCCCUAACUGCUUUGCUUUUCCAGUCACUUCUCAAGAGCUGCUAAAGAGAGAGCCUGACAUGCACAGAUCAAAAAUUAUCAAUUUGGCCUAAAAUCUGGAUCUCCAUUACCCUGUUCUAAAGAUAAAAAUCAGGUUCUUGCCGGGUAUGGUGGCACACGCCUUUAAUCCCAGCUCUUGGGAGGC